UUCUAGAUUGAAUUGAGCCUGAAUUCUCCCUAGAAGUUAAAAUAUGAAACCACCAUGUUUCGGUCACAUGAGGAGACAAAACUCGCUGGAAAAGAGGAAAGCAACAGGAAAAGAGAGAGACCUAAAAUGAGAUGGCUUGACUCAAUGAAAGAAGUCACGGAUUUCAAUUUAAAAGAUCUGAGCCAGGCUGUUAAUGAAAGGACGUGUUGGAGGUCUUUCAUCAUAGGGGCGCCAUGAGUCGGGAGCGCCUUGACGGUACAUAGCCCUGAUGUGUGGAUUUGUUUUUGUUUUCUAAGGGAGAGACUGCCAACAUGGCUAUCCGCAUUUUUUAAAAACAGUCUAGUCUCUGCUGUAGGAUUUUUUUAAUAAAAAAAGAUCUGUUCACGUGCCUUUGCAUAAGCCAAAGUGGAUUUCCGCUGUUUGGUUUUUUGCAAAAGUCUUUCUAACAGCGCCGAGAGCUGGAAGCGCUAGGACCGGGCGUGCUCCGGGAGACCGCUGGCAUUGGACGGGAGGGAAGCUCGGAGCCUCUUAUAGCAGAGACGGCUACUGCCGCCGCUGCCAUUUCCACUCACGCACUCCCCGCUUACAGGAGGGGGGGGGCGGCGGCGAGAGCGGGCGGGCGGGAGGCCACAGAGCAUGACUGAACAGAGGCGCUCGGCUGCCAACACUCACACACUGCCUGCUGCUUCUGCCGCCGCCGUUGCUGUUUCUGCCUUGGACAAGUGAGGAGAGCAGGCUGAGGAGGGAAGGAAAGGAGGACGGCCGCACUCGUCUUCGGAGAGAGAGAGGAAAGCAAGCCAGAGACGACCCCCUCCUCUUCUCCCGGAGGCUCUCAUGGUGCAAAACAGAAGGCUGAGGAAAGUCUGAGAGGGGGAGAAGGUUCCUAACUUUCCGUGCCUGGAAGGGGACCGGGAAGCGCGGCGAGGCGUUCAUCUUUUCAGCCCCCGCAGGGGCUUCAGCGCUGAGCUGCUGCUGGAUUCCUUCUGGAGGUAACUUUGGAGAGACUUGUGGCCGCCGCCGCUGGUGGAGGUGCCCGGAGGUGAGCGGGGCGCCUGGAAAGAGGCGAAGGCAGGAAGGAAACUGCGAGGAGGAGAAGUUUGCGAGGAGGCGAACUAUCGGGGGAUUGCGUUUGCUGGCUUGCCCUGUUGGCGAGGAGCGGAGAAGAUGGGCUGGAAAGGCGGCCGCUGCUGCUGCUGGGGACUCCGGAAUGGAGGGGACCUGCUGUGCCUGCUCACCCUCUGGCUGGGCUUCUUGCUGCCCGCCUGCCGGACCCGCGUGUACACCAACCACUGGGCGGUGAGGAUAAGCGGCGGGCUCCCAGAAGCCAACAGGAUAGCUAGCAAGUACGGCUACAUCAAUAUAGGACAGAUUGGAGCACUGAAGGAUUACUACCACUUCUACCAUAGUAAAACAAUUAAAAGGUCAGUUCUCUCAAGUAGAGGUACUCACAGCUUCAUUUCAAUGGAACCAAAGGUGGAGUGGAUAGAACAGCAAGUUGUAAAAAGAAGGAUAAAAAGAGAUUACAAAAUUGGUGGCUCCCAAUCCAUGUAUUUUAAUGAUCCCAAAUGGCCAAGUAUGUGGUACAUGCACUGCAGUGAUAAUACAAACCUCUGUCAGUCAGAUAUGAAUAUUGUAGGUGCCUGGAGGAGAGGCUACACUGGAAAGAGGAUUGUGAUCACUAUCUUGGAUGAUGGCAUUGAGAGAAACCAUCCAGAUUUGAUGCAGAAUUAUGACCCAGAGGCCAGUUUUGAUGUCAAUGGUAACGAUAUUGACCCCAUGCCUCGGUAUGAUGCCAGCAAUGAAAACAAACAUGGAACCCGUUGUGCUGGAGAAGUGGCAGCUACUGCAAAUAAUUCACAUUGUGUAGUUGGAAUUGCAUUCAGUGCCAGGAUUGGAGGGGUACGGAUGCUAGAUGGUGAUGUUACAGACAUGGUGGAAGCAAAAUCUCUGAGCCUCAAUCCGCAACACAUACACAUCUACAGUGCGAGCUGGGGGCCUGACGAUGAUGGAAAAACAGUUGAUGGACCUGCUUCUUUAACUCGCCAAGCUUUUGAGAAUGGUGUUAGAAUGGGUCGAGGCAACUUGGGUUCCAUUUAUGUUUGGGCUUCUGGAAAUGGUGGAAGGAGUAAGGAUCAUUGUUCCUGUGAUGGCUACACCAAUAGCAUCUACACUAUCUCCAUCAGCAGCACAGCUGAAAGUGGGAGAAAACCUUGGUAUCUAGAAGAAUGUGCAUCUACACUAGCCACAACGUACAGCAGUGGAGAAUCCUAUGACAGGAAAAUAAUCACUACAGACCUAAGACAGCGUUGCACAGACAGCCACACAGGAACAUCAGCCUCUGCUCCUAUGGCUGCAGGAAUCAUUGCACUAGCACUGGAAGCAAAUCGAUUACUGACGUGGAGAGAUGUGCAGCAUAUCAUUGUAAGGACUUCACGGGCAGGACAUCUGAUUGCUAAUGACUGGAAAACCAAUGCUGCUGGUUACAAGGUUAGCCACCUAUAUGGAUUUGGAUUAAUGGAUGCUGAAGCUAUGGUUGUGGAAGCAGAAAAAUGGACAACUGUCCCUCCCCAGCAUGUGUGUGUUGAGAACACAGAUCGACAAAUAAAAACAAUACGACCAGAUAGCAUUCGUAAUGGCCCAGAUAAUGGUGUUCGUUCAAUAUAUAAAGCCACAGGCUGUGCAGAUAAUCCCAAUCACCAUGUGAUCUACCUGGAACAUGUUGUUGUGCGUGUCACUAUAAUGCACCCACGACGGGGUGACCUGGCAAUUUAUUUGACAUCUCCCUCUGGAACAAGGUCUCAGCUUUUGGCUAACAGGUUAUUUGACCAUUCCAUGGAAGGGUUCAAAAACUGGGAGUUCAUGACUACUCAUUGCUGGGGUGAAAAAGCAGCUGGAGACUGGAUCUUGGAAAUUUAUGACACCCCAUCACAGCUGAGGAAUGUCAAGACUCCAGGUAAAUUGAAAGAAUGGUCUUUAGUGCUUUAUGGGACAUCCACGCAGCCUUACUCCCAAAGAAAUGAUUUUCCAAAAGCCGAACGGGUACGCUCAAGUCCUAUAGAAGACCCUACAGAAGAUUAUGGGGCGGAUGAUUAUGCAGGUCCAUGCAAUGCAGAGUGCAGUAAAAUAGGCUGUGGUGGGCCUGGACCAGACCAUUGCAAUGACUGUCUACACUACUACUACAAAUCUAAGAACAACACAAGAAUCUGUGUUCCCAAUUGUCCAACUGGCCACUACAGUGCAGAUAAGAAGCGCUGCAAAAAAUGUUCAGCCAACUGUGAAACAUGUUUUGGAAGUCACAAUGACCAGUGUAAUACUUGCAAACCUGGUUACUAUAUCCAUGAAGAAUCCAGAAACUGUGUUAGCAGCUGCCCAGAUGGAUUUUACCUGGAUAAUAAUAAAAUUGUCUGCCGUAAAUGCAGUGAAAACUGUAAGACAUGCACUGAAUUUCAAACCUGCACAGAAUGCAGAAAUGGCCUAAGUUUACAGGGAUCCAGAUGUGUUAUCCACUGUGAAGAAGGAAAAUACUAUAAUGGCAGGGAGUGUGAGCCGUGCCACCAUUCUUGUGCCUCUUGUGCAGGCCCAGGAGCGGAUGCUUGCAUAAAUUGCACAGAAGAGUAUCUUAUGGAGAAUGGAAGAUGUGUACUGGCUUGUAACAUUGGCUACUACUAUGAUCACUCUCUAGAAAAUGGAUACAAAACCUGUAAAAAAUGUGAUGCCAGCUGUUUCGGGUGCAGUGGUCCAGGAGAAAAAAACUGUACAAGUUGUCCAAAUGGCUAUAUCUUAGAUACAGGUCUCUGUGUAGUUGGCCUCGUUUGCAAAGAUGGAGAAUAUAUUGAUCCUAUUGGUCACUGUCAGUUCUGUGAUGCUUCUUGUUCUAAGUGCGCAGGACCAACUUUGAAGGACUGCAUCAGCUGUCUGUCCACAAGAAUUUUGGAUGAUGGACGCUGUGUUCUUCAAUGCCCUAAAGGAAAAUUUGAAUAUAAAAAUCAGUGUCAUUUGUGCCAUCUUACCUGUAAGGAAUGCAAUGGAAGUGAACCUAACAAGUGUACAGCUUGUGGAACAGAUAAAAGCGGCAACAAGCGAUUCCUAUACUUGGGGGAGUGUCGAGUGAGCUGCCCUCUUGGCUACUAUUAUUCAGAGGACAGUGUCUGUGAGCCCUGCUAUAAGCAUUGUGAAGUGUGCCUUGAUCAAACUGAGUGCAAGAGAUGCUUCAAAGGAUAUUACCUAGUUAAUAAUAGCUGCCAGAAGCACACAUGUAGAACAGGUGAAGUGGAGGAUCCUGACUCGGAUGACUGUUUCCCAUGUGCAGAUGGAUGCCAGACUUGCAGCCUUGACGACCCAAGAAUAUGUACAUCAUGCAUUCAUAAUUAUUACAUGUACAAGCAGGAGUGUUAUAGAAGUUGUCCUGAGAACAGCUACAAUGAUGAAAAUUCUUUCCUUUGCAUAGAGUGUGACCCACACUGUGGAAGCUGUGACCAAUAUGAGUGUUACUGGUGUACAAAAGGCUUUUUUCUCCUUGAUGGGAAAUGUGUAAGUGAUUGUGGAGCUGGUUUCUACAGUGAUGAGAGCACAGGAGAAUGUGAACCAUGCCACAGGACCUGUGCAACGUGUGAAGGGUUCAACUACAAUGACUGCACUAGCUGCAAAGGAAGUUUGGAACUACUCCAUGGAAAGUGUGUGAGUCCCAAAAGCAAGCAAGUUGAUGGGAAAUUCUGGAAUGAGAGAGAGAAGCUGCACAUCUCAAAUGGCUUGGGCUCUACAAACUUGAAAGGCCGCUUCUUCCCUUAUGUCCGUUCGCAAUCCUUACAGUCAGCCAAGAACGGUCUCUUGAUUGCACCAUCUGUGUACCAAGCCCAGGCGGAAGGGGCAGCGAGAAAGGUGUUCUCGGUGGCUACUCCACAGUUGUGGAAGCCCUUUCCCCUAGAUGUUCGCCAAACAAAAAGCCUGACCAUUGUCCGGAAGCGAUCAACAGGUACGCAGUCUCAGCCAUGUGAUCCUUCAUGCAAAACCUGUGGAAGAACUGCUGAUGAAUGCACUUCGUGUCAUCUAGGGAAAUUUCUGUUUGCUAAGUCCUGUAUCCAUAUGUGCCCACGUGGAACUUUUGGAAAUAUGAGGACGAGGAAGUGUGAGAGCUGCACAGAUGGUUGUGAAGAAUGCAUUAAAACCGACCAUUGUUGGAAGUGUCGAUCUGAUUUAGACAAGCCACGCUACUUGUACCGAGGCAAAUGCUUCCUGGAAUGUCCUGAGGGCUUUUUUGCUGAAGAUGGGAUCUGCCCAAUGUGCAGUCAGCCCUGCAAGACAUGUAAAGGAAAUGCCACUGCAUGCCAGUCCUGUGAAAGCCCCUUGUUCCUAGAGCAAUGGGAGUGUAAACAUGCCUGCUCAGAGAAACACUUUGCUGCUGAUGGAGUUUGUAAGGAGUGCUCUGAGAUGUGUCAAGAAUGUAUUCAUGAAAACACAUGCAAAGUAUGUGAGCCUCCAUUUUUCCUGCACAAUGGGAGAUGUUUGCAGAAUUGCCCACCUAGGUUCUUUGAUGACACCAUCCACUGUUUCCCAUGUCAUGAACACUGCGAAGAAUGUGAUGGGCCGGAUUCCGAUGACUGCACAGAGUGUCCUGCUGACACUUCUGUUCUAUAUAAUGGUGAAUGUUUCGACGAAUGUCCAGAAGGCACUUAUUAUGAAGAAGAGAGUAAAGCCUGUCAAGAUUGUGAAAAGACAUGCCAGACGUGCUCAGCCUCCACUGUCUGCACUACUUGUAGAGAGGGACUGUUGAUGAGCCAUCCUGGUCAUUGCACGAGGCAAUGCAAGCUCACGGAGUAUUAUGAUGAACGUACGAAGACAUGCAGGCCUUGUCACAGAAAGUGUUUCAGCUGUACAGGCUUCGCUGAAGAUCAGUGUCUCAGCUGUCCAAACAACUGGCAUCUCCUCAAUACAACUUGUGUAGAAGUCUGUCCUGCUGGAUAUUUCAUGGACAGAGAUGAACACUCAUGCUAUCCUUGCCACAAGAACUGUAAGACUUGCAGUGGAAGACACAGCAGACAGUGCCUCUCCUGCCACCCUGGCUGGUACAGACAAGAACAUGGAUGUGCACAGAUCUGUACAAAUGGAUACUACGCAAACAACGUCACUGGCUCUUGUGAGAAAUGCCACAAAAGUUGUAAGGAAUGUGUAGGACCUGAAAGCACAGAUUGUCAGUCCUGUGAUGCAUAUUUAUUCCUGCUGCACUCCAAGAAUGAAUGCCACACCUCCUGCCCUGAACAUUACUUUAUAGACCAAGAUAAAAAUACCUGUGAACGGUGCCAUCCAACCUGCGGUUCUUGCAGUGGAAAGGGAGCACUGAGCUGUACAUCCUGUGUGUGGAGUUAUCGUUUAGCUGGUGGAAUCUGCUCCUCGGAGUGUUUUGCAGGAGAAUACAAAGUCUCAGAGGAGGACCCACUAAGAUGUGAAAAAUGCCAUGGUUCUUGUACAGAGUGCAAGGGACUCGGUCCUCUCAACUGCACUGUGUGUCCUCCUAAUGCUGAACUCUAUCUGGAUGAAAGCCGUUGUAUUCCAUGCUGCAAGAGUUAUGGGCUUGAAGAAACUCAAGAAUGUUGUGAUUGCAGUGAAAUCAGAGGUGAGUGUAUACUACGCACCAGAAUGAAUUUGUCCACUGAAAAAAGAGGGAAAACUGCAGCACUGGUUGUUGCCUUAUCCAUUUUGUUCAUCCUUCUCACUGGAGCUAUUAUUUUCAUCUGGAGAAGGUCACAAGUCAAACCCAAGCCCGUUAACCAAGGGGGAUAUGAGAAGCUGGCAGAUAAUGCAAAGACUCUCACUUCUUUCAAAACUAAUCACUACCAGAGCACCAGUUAUCCAGAAGAUCAGGUGAUUGAAUACAAAGAUCGAGAUGAUUAUGAUGAUAACGAUGACGAUGAUGAUAUUGUAUACAUGGGUCAAGAUGGCACAGUUUAUCGUAAAUUUAAAUAUGGACUUCUGGAGGAUGAUGGAGAAGAUGAACUGGAGUACGAUGAUGAAAGUUAUUCUUUUAGAUAACCUUUAGCUAUUGCAUAUGUAAAUUACUGAAAGAUCCUAAUGAAGAACUCUGUGUAAGCUCAGGCUACUACAUAAUGAAAUGAUUUAUUUACAUAUCUGCACCUGACAUGAUAAAAGUUCUCUUUGCCAUUUGGCAAGAGGGUAAGACAAUAAGUUUACUGAGUCCUUAUAUCAGGGAUCCCCAAUGUAGUGCCCAAGGGCACAAUUGUGCCCUCUGAACCUUUUCUGGUGCCCACCAAAUGUUAGAAAGUUGGCGGGCCAGGUGGGGCUUUUACAAAGCAUGACUUCUGAUUGGCCAUUGGAGUGUUGGUUGGCUGUGCAGGUUUCCACAGGACAAGGAUCUUCACUGUGUGAUUGAAGGAAAGCUGUAGCAGCCAUCUUCUCCAGCAGCUGUUUUGUGGCAGCCGUAUUGUUGUGCCCACCACACAGUAUCAGAACUCCAAAAGUGCCCACAGGCUCUAAAAGGUUGGGGACCCCUGCAUUAUAUAUACACCAAAAUAAGUUAGCACUUGGUAGCUGGUUAUCUGUAUCCACUGAGAAAUUGUACGAAUAGGAUGUCUUCCUUCUAUACCUCUGCUAUUAAAUUCAAUCAGUUCUAAUGGUCAUAAUUCCUGGGCUGAAUUAGAAGGCUAUAUACCUCUUGAAUUAAGGUCUCUUUCACUUUGUAUCCAUAUGCUGGACAAAAUGACUUGUCCUAUUUGCUUGUCAGGGCUUUAUCCGCUUUGCCAAUAGUCUACUUGUUUUGUAGGGCAUAGCAAUACAACAUUGAAAAUCCACUCUAAGCCUGCUUGCGGGAAGAGUGGACUAUAAAUAAAAUAAAAUAAAGUCUUGGGAUCAUCCAAUUGCUAGCAAUCAAAAGUUCUUUGAACAGAGGGAAGUAAAACAAACUAGCAUUCUCAGUCAUUCACAACUGAAAGAAGGCUCAAUGAAUCUCAUGCAGUGUGUGGACCAUAAGUGUGCACUUAUAGUCUUUUCUCUUCCUUUUGACUACUCUUUAGCUGUAUUUGGUUAUAGUUGGAUACCUUACAGCCUAUAUCUAUCACUCUGUCUUUUAGCAAAAGGAAAUCCACUUCUUUACUCAGAAGCACUUUCAAAUGGUUGGUUCACACAUGCAUAUGGAUAGUGCAGUGGUUGCAGUCAUCAUCAGUCUGCUUUACAGAUAAUCCCAGCAAAAUCCAUUUCAGACACAUUACUUUUGCAUGGAGGCAAUUCACGCAUUCAUUGAAGAAUCAUCAAGUGAGGACAUGUUGCCUGAUUAACCUACAUAUAUGAAUCAGUCCUAAAAGUCUUCUCAAUCUGUUAAAAAUAACCCACAGAAAUUAAGGAAGGCGGUUAUGUUUAAAUGCUAAACUUAAUUGGAAUGAGCCUUAGUAAUACUUUUUAUGGCUGUGUAUUUAUAGUUUGCCCUGUAACAGAGUUUAUUAGUAAUUUUUCUUUCCAGACUCCAUUUUCAUCCUCUAGUGUGCACCAAAAGUACUUUAAAAACCUUUAAGUUUGAAAGGUUUCUUUUUCUGGCAUUGAAGUGAAUUUCUCAUGAAAGUCACUGUGAUAUCAGUCAAGGUAGAAUGUUUUUGUUAUGUCCACAACCAACUGGAUGAACCAAAUAUAGAAUGUAUAAUUUUAAAUAUGAAAUUAGUUAUUUCUUUGUAAUGAUGUGUCUUCGUUAUUUGAUGGGGUAUAGACUUGUACAUUUCAUCUAGGGAAAAAUCAGAUUCAGAAAAUUAUCUCUGCUGAUUCCUUGAAAGAUUACAGAACAUGGAUUUUUUGGAAGUACAUAAAUGCUGGGGAAUUAACUAUUCAGCAUCUCUUAUUCUUUAUGGCUCAAGGUCAUGGGAAAGGGAGUAACACAGAUUACUCUAAAUCCAUA